GAAUCAAACAUUAACCGAUGUUGAUGAUUGUAUGGUUCAUGCAAAAUCAACGAAUGGUUCAUCAUCAUCAUCAUCAUCAUCGUUUUUAAUUCGUGACAUUCUUGCUAAUAAUAAUAAAAAUCAAACAAUAAAUACUCAUCUGAUUCAACAACCUCAACAAUAUAAACGAGAUCAAUUAUUCAAUUGGCUUUUAUCAUCUAAUCAACAGCAGCAACAGCAGCAGCAGCAACAGCUACAGCAACAAUUAACAUUGACCGAUGGCUAUAAUCAAUGGAUAAGGAGAUCAUUUGAUUUGGAUGAUGAUCAAAAACAGCAAUUGAUUGAUCAUCAAUUAUUGUUGAACGAUCCAAUUGUACAGCAACGAUUCUAUCAGAAUCUCUGUUAUUAUGCUUUACAACAGAAAAUGGUCAAUACUACUACGGAUGGUCAAAUAUCAUCAUCAUCAUCAUCAUCAUCCUCGUCAUCGAUAUCAUGUCAGCCGUGCAAUUCGAAAUUGCAACAAAAAUCUUUGGUAAAAUCUAAAACGGAGAUGGCAAUAAUUAGCACAAAAGCUAAAUCGAAAAAUUUGAAACGAAUAAAUAAUAAAUCGAAACCAUCAUUGAUUCGUGGACGAACAACAGCAAUUAGCAAAUCGUAUCGAAUGAAAAAUGAAUGUGCAAAAACAACAACAGCGAUGGUAAAGUCAUCUGAUUUUGAUGAUGAUAAUAAUAAUGCCAAAAGAGAUGAUAAAUUAACCAGUUUGGAAAUGAUAAUCAAUAUGUCAAAUGAUAUAAUACAACAACAGCAGCAACAGCAAGAUUCGAAUUGUCCAUUGAAAUUGUUAUGUUCUUCUGAUUCAAAUAUUGAUCAGGAUCCAGAUAUGGCCAUUACGUCAUCGAUAAAUUGUAGCCGACAAAAAUAUCGUAAAAUUCGUCGUAAUCGUACCGUAUUUACUGAGCUUCAAUUGAUGGGCUUAGAACGUAGAUUUGAUAGCCAAAAAUAUCUUUCCACACCCGAUAGAACCGAUUUGGCACGUGCAUUAGGAUUAACUCAAUUACAAGUAAAAACAUGGUAUCAAAAUCGUCGUAUGAAAUGGAAAAAACAGGUAAUGCAAAAUGGAUGUCCAUUUCCGCCAACCAAACCAAAAGGACGACCGAAAAAAGAUUCUAUUCCAACGUAUGGCCUGGAAUUUACCAAAUCGAUUCUUUGUCCAAUAAUUACUAAUGUCGAUGAUGACGCCAUCUAACGAGGAAUAUUUAAUUUUUUUCA